UCACAGGAGACAUUGGAUUUAACCUGUAGAAAAGCCCCAUGUUUUGUGAAAUUCUCAGAGAUGGAAAAAAUGGCAAACAUUCAAGCUGAAAUCAAUGAGAAGAAACUGAAAACUGAAAUUCUGCAGUUGGAGAAGGAGACAGCAGACAUUGCUCACCCUUUUUACUUAGGCAAAAAAUGCGAGAUUUUGCAAGAUAUGAACAAACACUUGGAAGCUGUACUGAAAGAGAAGAGAGCUCUUAGGAAGAGGUUGAUAAAGCCCAGAUGUCAAGAGAGCCUGCCUAUUGAGGCUACUUUCCACAAGUAUGUAGUAGAGUUGUUGACUGAGGCUGUGACUUUCAUCGAGAAGCUUGAAAGCCAUUUGCAGACAUUAAGAAGCAUCCCUCAGAUACCAAACGUCAUGAAGAAUAUGGACACUGCUUUGACAAAAACAGAGGUGCUCGUGAUAGAGUUGGAGGAGCUGGCAGAGCAAAUACUGAAAUGGAGAGAACUGCAAAAAGAAGUGUAUUCUGACAGCAUCUGCAAUACUGAAUUGGACUUUGGCUUAUCUUUAACCUAA